UCCGCCGUGGAUCUGACAUUAUCCGUCAGCGUUUCUCAGGCUGCCAAAUUUUUGAUGCAGACCAUGCAUUGGUAGUUUCUCUCUCUCAUCCGGCAACCAUUGUCCGGAAGACCCACCGGAAAAUCUUACUCGCGGGAUCAAGAGCCCAUUUCCCCCACCGCCCUUCAUAUAACAAGGAACAGGAAACAAGCCAAAAGCCAGUGGUAUUUUGAGAGAGAGAGAGAGAGAGAGAGAGAGCGCAAAUCCUCAAUCCCCUUCAUCGGAUCCUCUUAAAUCCUUUAAUCGGGCUCUUGGCCGUUAGAAUUUGCGGGGGUUUGCUGCUACCAUUUUGGGAAAGAAGGGGAGGAAUAGAUAGAAGGUAGUUCUUGAUGGGAAGCUCUCUAACAGCAUGGAUCCUUUCAUCCUCAAUCCUCCAAAAUCUUUAGGUGUAUUUCUCCUCUUGUUGAUCCUGCUGCACUCCCUCUUAUAACGAGUGAUACCAACCUCCCUAUUUCUCGAGUCCUUGAUUUCUUGAGGGCUCUUUUGGGCGUCGGAUCGGCAUGGCUGCCGUGUUUCUGUACCACGUGGUAGGGGACCUGACGGUGGGGAAGCCGGAGCUGGUGGAGUUUUGUGAGACGGAGACGGUGGAAUCGGCCAUCAGAGCGCUCGUCACCUGCACGGAGGGCGGAAUUCCGGUGUGGAAAAAGCAGCCGAAGGGGGUCGAGUCCGGCGUGGCGAAGCAGCAGCGGUUUGUGGGCAUUGUAAAUUCGAUGGACAUCGUCGCCUUCCUCGCCAGAGAGAGCAGCUUGGUGGAUCGGGAAGCGGCUCUGAGGACGCCUGUUUCAGAGAUGAUCGUCCCCAAUAACUCGGUUCUCAAGCUGGUCGACGCCGGAACCCGAUUGAUAGAUGCUCUGGAAAUGAUGAAACAGGGAGUCAGACGACUUCUGGUACCUAGAAGCACUGCAUGGAGAGGCAUGAGCAAACGCUUCUCUAUCCUUUACAAUGGGAAAUGGCUCAAAAACAUUGAGACUUCAAGCAAUGCUGGCAACAGCAGCAAUAACAGGUUUUCCUCAACCAGCUCAAGAAAAAGUUGGUGUUGCUUGUCUAGGGAAGAUGUUAUCCGCUUCCUUAUAGGUUGUCUUGGUGCUCUGGCUCCUCUUCCACUCUCCUCUAUUUCCUCCCUCUGUGCUGUCACUCCAAAUUUUCUCUCUAUGGAUGCUUCCUCUCCUGCAAUUCGUGCCUCCGAAUCGAGGAACCAUGAUCCAAGUGCUGUUGCCGUUGUAGAACAUUUGAGAGAUGGCGACAUGAAAAUCAUAGGAGAGAUAUCAGCAUGUAAACUCUGGAAGUGUGACUACUUGUCUGCUGCGUGGUCGCUCGCUAACCUGUCAGCUGGAGAGUUCGUCACUGGUGUUGAGAAUCAUUCACCCUUGUCAAUUUCCGACAUCUCAAUCACUAGUCCUGCAGAGAGCAAUGGAGGGGGGUCUCGAGCUCAGAGGUUUAGCAGCAGGAGCAUUGGUUUCUUUAGCUCGCAAGUGAACCUCAGCCAUGGCAUUGGACGAAUAUGCCAAGCGAGGACCACUCCAUUAACUUGCAAGACCUCGAGCUCGUUGGCUGCGGUAAUGGCACAGAUGCUCUCUCAUCGUGCUACUCACGUGUGGGUGACAGCAGAUCAAGACGAGGAAGUUUUGGUGGGAAUGGUGACUUAUAAUGAUAUACUUCGUGCGGUCACUAGACCUCCAAAUUCAAUCUCUGCAUCUGCCUCAGUAUAAGGCAUUUCGCUGAAGUUGGUAAGUUCUUUGUUACUGUCUUUUCGUUGUUGGUAUAUGUUGUGGAGGUACUAUAUUCAGACGAUAGCUUAUCAUUGUUGCUGCGUUCGUUAUGAAUAAACACGAUGUUCUGUGUACAUAAA